CCCGGCACUUGUGAGCUGUCUGCUCGGAGUACGACACUUGCUGGCGUACGUUGGGUGGGGCGCGGACGCCUCGCUCAAGUGUCAACAAACAACAUCCAUCAUGAAAGACGGCUUGAACGUUUCGUCCUUGCCGAGCCCUCUGGAGCGUUAUAAAUUAGACGCUAAGCUAGGUUCAGGCAUCUUCGGAGAAGUAUACAAGGCCUUGGAUACCCAAGCGGCCGGUAAAGCUGUAGCCGUCAAAGUACAAACCUAUACUGACGAAAAUGAAGUCCAUAUACAAAAAGAGUACAAGAUACUGAGAGAUUUUACCAACCAUCUAAAUUUGAUAGAUUUUUAUGGAGUAUUCUGUGAAAAAACCGAAGAUGUCAAAAAAGUUUGGUUCGUCAUUGAGUUGUGCGAAUGUGGAUCCGUCAUCGAUAUUGUCAGAAAACUGAAUGCGGCAGACAGAAAAAUGUCCGAAGAACACAUAGCUUACAUUCUCAAAUAUACGAUCAAGGCCCUCAUUUAUUUACACGAGAACAAAGUGAUGCAUCGUAACAUACGGUGCAGUAAUAUAUUGAUAACUAAAGACGGAGAAGUAAAACUUUCCGAUUUUGGCCUUUCGUGCAAACUGAACUCAACACUUGAUAAAAGUAACACGAAUAUCGGAUCGCCAAGUUGGAUGGCCCCUGAAGUAGUAAUGUGUGGUGAUGAAGGAUAUGGUAACCGCGCUGAUGUUUGGGCUCUGGGUAUCACGACAAUAGAGAUGGUGGACGCCAAGGCGCCCUUUCAGGACAUGCACCCAACUCGAGCCUUGUUUCAAAUCACAAGGAAUCCUCCACCUGGGCUCGCGAAACCUUCUAUGUGGUCCAAUGACAUCAACGACUUUAUUGCUGAAUGUUUAGAGAAGAAUCCAGAACAUCGUCCCUUUGUAAUGGAAUUGGAAGAGCAUCCGUUCAUACAAUCUGUUCCUGAAAAUGAUUAUCAUUUAUCAACCGAACUCAAAAAGCUUGUAAAUGAUGUUAAAGACAUUAAAGCACCCAGUAAAAUGCCGGAAAGGAUUAUCAACAAGGGUUUGUUGACUACAGAAGGUGUCCAUGACGCUGAGGUCAUGCAAGUCGAAGAUCUAGCAGCUCUGGAAGUAUUGACAGAAGAAAAUCUGUUAUCAGAAUUGCAAACAAAAUUGAUGAAAGGAAUAUUUACUUCAUUCGUUGGGGAUAUUCUUCUCAUUUUAAAUCCAAAUACAACAGAAGAUAUCUAUAAUGAAGAGUUCCAAAAAAAAUAUGAAUGCAAAUCUAGAUCCGAAAAUGCGCCUCAUAUUUUUGCCGUUGCCAGUAGUGCUUAUCAAGACGCCCUACAUCAUAAUGAACCACAACACAUAGUAUUUUCCGGCGAGAGUAAAUCAGGAAAGACUACAAACAUGCUACACGCCCUCUCUCAUUUAACAUUUCUCGGCGCAAUGAAAAAUAACACAGCUGAUAGAAUACAAAGAGCAACAAAAGUCAUCGAAGCUGCUAUUUCUGCAGGAACACCUAUAAAUGCACAUUCUACAAGAGCAUUAUUCCAAAUCCAAGUUACAUAUGGUAGUUCUGGAAAGUUAAGCGGAGCAAUAUUUUGGCUUUAUCAAUUGGAGAAAUGGCGCGUUUCAUCUACUGAUAUGUCCCACGCAAAUUUUGACUUACUUUAUUAUUUCUAUGACGCUAUGGAAGCAAAGAAUCGACUAGAGGAACUUCUCCUAGAGAAAAAUAGAAAACACAGAUAUUUACGAAUACUAGAAGAAGCAGGCAAAGGUCCCAAAGGCGCAAGAGAUAACCCCGUGGAUAAUGUUACAAAAUACGACGAGUUUAUAGAAAACCUUAAAGCAGUUGACUUGGAAGAAGAAGAUAUAAGUUUUUUUGAAACCAUUCUAGCUUCUAUACUUGUAUUAGGAAAUAUUAGGUUUAAAGAUGGCAAGCACGGUUCAGCUGAACUAGAAAAUCCAGAAGAGGCGAAGAAAGUGGCGAAACUGCUAUCCUUAGAGGAAGUUAAAUUCCUGUGGGCGUUAAUCAAUUAUUGUUUGAUUGAAAGUGGAACUGCAGUGAAAAGGAAACAUUCUACCGACGAAGCACGAGAUGCGAGAGAUACUUUAGCAAGUACAUUAUACAAAAGACUUAUUGAUUGGAUGAUUAAUUUAAUUAAUUCAAAGUUAUCGUUCAUGCGAUCAGUAUUUGGUGACAAAUACUCAGUAAGCUUGUUAGAUAUGUUCGGAUUCGAAUGCUAUCAUCGAAACAGAUUAGAACAACUUAUAGUGAACACAACAAAUGAACAAAUACAGUUUCUUUACAAUCAAAGAAUAUUCGCAUGGGAGAUGCAAGAAGCUGCUGAGGAAGAAAUCGCCAUGCCAGAGUUACGGUAUUACGAUAAUAAGCAAUCUGUCGAUCAACUAAUGGCUCGGCCUCUUGGACUAUUUUACAUAUUAGAUGAAGCGAGCAGGACUGGAAGUGGGCAGGAAUUUAUCAUGAGCACAAUCCGGACAACUUGCAAAGGACCAUACAUAAAACUGUCUGGAAGUCACGAGUUUAGCGUAGCACAUUUCACAGGAAAAGUAAAUUACGACGCCAGAGAAAUGGCUGACAAAAAUAAAGAUUUUUUACCACCUGAAAUGAUCGAAACUAUGAGGGCAUCAGUUAAUAUAACAGUACAACAACUAUUUAGAAAUAAAUUGACUAAAACCGGUAAUCUCACGGUCACGCCAAGCCAACCGAAAGUUACAAUCGUUAAAUCGAAAUCUGAAAAAGAAAUGGAAAACAUAAAAACUAGGAAAUACAAUACCGUAUCCAAAGGCCAGUUCUCUCAAGUCCACCGAAUGAGAACAGCAGCUGCCACUUAUCGUGCCACAAGUCUGGAGAUCCUCAAGCAAUUGUCGAUCGGUCCUGGGAGCGGCGGUACGCACUACGUCAGAUGUAUUAGACCUGAUCUCAAAGACACUCCAAAAGGAUUCCAAACUGAAAUUGUGAAACAGCAAUUAAGAGCAUUGGCUGUGUUAGAUACAGCAAAAGCAAGACAAAGCGGUUUCUCAUGUCGUAUUCCAUUCGCUGAAUUCAUUCGAAGAUAUCGGUUCCUAGCUUUCGACUUCGAUGAAAAUGUAGAAGUCACAAAAGAUAAUUGCAGAUUGUUAAUGAUCAGGCUUAAGAUGGAGGGCUGGCAACUUGGCAAAACAAAAGUAUUCUUAAAGUACUAUGACGAGGAAUUUUUGUCAAGGUUAUACGAGACACAAGUGAAAAAGAUAAUUAAGGUACAAUGUAUGAUGCGAGCCUUUUUGGCGAGGCGGAAAGCGACAAAAAGCAAAGCGAAAAUAUUGCAUAUACGAGAACUGAAAAAGCAACAAUCGAUAAUCGUCACGGAAGAUGAAGCUGCACUGUUGAUACAAAAAGCAUAUCGAGGCUACAUUGUUCGCAAAGCAUAUGGACCCCUCAUUAACAAAACUACUGGUCAAAUAGACGAAGAAACUGCAACAUUCCUAAAAAGAUUUGCAAUGAGAUGGAAAAGUCGGUCCAUAUUUCAAGUAUUAUUACAAUACCGAGCAGUUCGUUAUCAAGACCUGGUGCAUUUUUCACAGCAGGUGCACAUCUACAAUCAAGCUGUUUUGGAAGCAUUGCUUAGCACGAGCACAUCAGUGUUGUUGGACCGCGUCGACCCACAAGCCAAAGAAUCAGUCUUCCUCGGAACAAGCCCACCUACUGUGUGGAAACUCCCCUUCAGAAUCGACCAGUUACAAUACUAUGACACCAUGCACAUGUGCGACCCAGCUGCGAAAAGCAACGACACGUUUGCCAGCCAGUACGAUUCCGACCACGAACAGUGGGAUGAACCCCUGAAGCGUCGAUUUAGUUCAGCACCAGACAUAACGACCUCCAGCACUCAGACACUUAUUAGCGUGCCGUUCUCUAGAGAUCCCGCAGUGCCUGUACCAACAUUGCCACCAGAUGAAAAAAUUGAGAAAAAACAGGAAAAAAUUGAAGAGAAGAAAGAAAAAGUUGAGGAGAAAAAGGAAAAAGUUGACGAAAAUCAAGAAACACCUGUAAUCGAAAACGACAUCAAAGAGAUCUCAAGUAAACGACCAGCGGUUUACAAAAAGAAACACGGACACGCUCCGUCUAAUUAUUAUCAACCACCAGAACCUUGGAACGGCCCUCGCGACGAAAAUGAUAUCUUAGAAAAUGCCGCUCCUAAACAAAGAAAACCUCCAAGCAGGAUAUACGGCACGGACACACGUGAUAUGAACCCUAUAAGAGAAUUACAAGCCAUGGCCAGACCAAUAGGCGACAUGAACGAAGACGACCCACCUUUCAAUUUUCAGGCUAUGUUAAAAAAGACUCCCCGUAAUAGGGCUUCGAUGAAACGACUGGGUGAACUUGACAACGGUUCCCUGGAGAAACGGCAAUCUACACCGAAGCACAUGAGAUCACCUAGUAAAGGUAAAGCGCCACCUGUUCCCGUCACUUCACCUACGCCCGCUUCAGCCACUCCGAUUAAAUCUUCACCAACGCCAACUCCUCGACAACCAACACCUGAAGUCUACCGUUCACCUAUAUCUCAAUCUCCUGCACGAAAAAUGGCGCCACCGACGCCACCACACAGGGAUGUUACGCCUUCUCCACCACCAAGAACUACUAGUAAAGAAAUGACAAGACAAGAUUCUAGAGACAUCAUGGCGGCUGUCACGACAGACGAUAAUAAACCAGAACUGAUAUACCCGAUUAUCGACAUCAAAAUAGAAAGCGAAAAGGUCGAACUCGCUCCUGGUAUUACCGUAGAAGGAAUGGUGACAGAUUUGUAAAAAAAAAAAAAACAAGAAUUGAUUUGUAAAAAAUAUAUUUAAUCUCCAUUGCAUUGGAAGUCCGCAUACAUCUCUUUAUUAUUAUGGCGUAAAACUAUUUUAUAUGUUGACAAUUAAGUUUUUAAAGCCAUAAGUUUGUUAAGUCAUAUAAAUUUGUUAUGUUUCAUAAGUAAAUAAUUUAUCUCAAUAGAGUUAAGUAUAUUGAAUACAAAAUAAACCUUAAAGCGAAUUAUGGCGUAUCAUAAUGUUGUAAUACUUUGCACACUACAAGACUUUAGCAAGUAACUUUUGUUACGGUGUAUUAUACUAUAAUAGGAAGAUUAUUUUAUGGAAUUCUGGGUAUGUAAAGAACACAUUAGUAUAGAUUGAGAGUAUUGUUUUUAAAUAAUACGUUUGGAAAUUACAUUUCACCAAAAAAUAUUUAAUUAAUAAUAAACUUUAUUUAAAUUAUUAUAAUUAAAAUAUUAACGUCAAAUACUGUGCAAAGUACAACACGCACGCAUUUCUUACAUCAAAUUUUACAUUCUCCGGACAAUCGUCACUUGUCAUACAAAAAUACGUAUAUAUAAUAUUAUAUUUAUAAUAUCCAAACUUUAUUACGUAUCUUAAUCAACAUUGCUUUGGUAACCUAUUAUUACAACUUAACCUAAAGAGUGUGGUCAAAUUCAUACAUUGUUAAACACAUUUCCCUUGUUUAUAUUUUAUACCAGUAUAAGACAAAACAUUCGUUUCUGAUUAGUUAAACAUCGUCCAAAUAUAUAAACAAGGGGCAAAUGUUAGUUAUUUAAUAUGGUCCAUCAGAUUUAUUAUACGAAGCUAUAUACCCAUAUAUCAAAAUAUUUAUUAUGUUUUAUAAGUAAUAUAAUGGCAUAUGUUUGAUUAGAUAUCAUUUUAGCAAUAAUAUUUUUUUCCAUACGUUCCUAUAUGUAGUAAACUCUACGAUAUUAUGUUUCAUAUUAUUGAAGCUCUUCAAAAUUUUGUACAGUUUGAUAUGUUUAAGAAAAUAUUAUAUGUGUCGAUUGGCUGACAUGUGCAGUAAAUAAUUUUGUGUGUAGUUUGACGUUUCGCUAGAUGGCGCCACUUCAUUGUUCGAUAGAAAAUACAGUUAUUUAAUUGUUUGUUAAUUUAACUCAAAUUAAUCUUUAAAAGUGUGCUAUACAAUACCCGAACUAUAAUAAAUAAGUUUGCAUACAGUUCUAAUAGUCAUUCUGUAUUUUAUCUCACUACGGUGAAUGACAUUAACAUCAGAAAAAGCAAGACAAAUCAUUAUUCAACUGUGACAGAGCUAUACAGCGUUUAAUAAGACGGUAAUUAUAUUUUCCUUACAUAAUAAUUUGCAAUAGCGACAAUUUAUCGCCACAAUAUAUAGUAUAGUAAACUGUACCUUUAAGCACAUAUUUGUUACCUUAGCUUCUUUCCUAAGGAAUCCCCUUAUUAUUUGUAAUAACACGCCAUUUUUAUUGAAGGUUAUGAUAAUAAUUUUAUGACUAGAUAAUUCAAUGUUCAACUACCCACAAUGUGUGGUUUGUAUCGAAUACGAACAUAGGAGAAAAAUGGCCUCUAAAAUAUACUGCGUGCAUCAAAAUGUCAAGUUUUUAAAUUUUAAACACAUCAAACACUAUCUUACCGUUACUUAUUCAUACUCUUCGAUAAAUAUGGCACGUUAAUUCAUCCCAAAUAUAAUUAAGUUUAAACAUAAUGUUACUUUAAGUUCACAAAUUACCAACUGCCUUACACUGUUCUAACUGCAAAGUGCAUAUAAAAUCAAAGCAUAAUAAAGUCCAAAAAAUA